AUGUAUACCAUCUCCGACGAAUUGGCGGAUGAGGACCUCCCGAAAGCCUGGCAAAAUAUCAUUGCACGCCUAAAUGAAAAAACGAAAUGGAACCUCAAUGCUAGGUCGACAGCCUCUAUUGACCAAGUGAUUCUCAAGAUUAAUGCCCCAAAAGAUGCGGAUCCAGAGAAGCACGCGCAGACGAAGAAGAUAUGGCGAACCACGAUGAAAUGCGUUGACCGUCUCGGCGUUUUCGUCCAACGCUUUGGCGCCAUCGUCGCUCAGGCGGCGUCCGUGGCAUUCGGUCCAGCUAAUCAGUGUUUCAACGCAAUCAACUUUGUCAUCACUGCAGCCCAGCAGUACAAGGAUGUCUUCAACAACAUCACCAUCCUCAUGGAGAGGAUAUCCGUCUUUUUGGAGACCCUCAACUCAUUUAUGGACAACAACGACGCAGAGGUGAAGUUAGACAAGCGGUUGAGAAGAUCAGUCUAUCGCGUGCUCGAGCACUUCUUGUUGAUCAUGGGCACGACCUAUGACCUUACCAAUAGCUGGACAGCACGGAUGAAGUUCAAAGGUAAGAGCGUUGCCUUUGGCGAGGAUGAAGGCAUCAAGGGUUAUCUUGCCACCAUGGAGACACUUGUCUCCGACUUCACUGGUGCCCAGAUCAGCGUCAUCGUUGACGGCGGUUGUGUUCAAAUGCGUUUGUUCUCAAAUGCACUUCACUGCGGCUCGUCACAUGCACUCCCUCACAAGCUCAGCGAAAGCCGCCAUCACUUCAUCACUUCAUCACUUCAUCACUUCACCACUUCACCACUUCCUCACUUCAUCACUUCACCACUUCCUCACUUCAUCACUUCAACUCGUGGUCCAUCACACCUUCAGAACAUACCCUUUUCACUACACUUCAGCCACUACACGGCUGUCCAAAGGCGCGAGCAACAACAAGAAGAUUUCAUCAUCAUCACCCCCGACAUUCAGAUCAUCAUGCCGAGCACCGGUGGGAUCAGGUUCGGAACGCGCGCCAACACGUACGUCAUGUCCAACGGACUCCAAGACCUGCAGCCAUGGCAAGCCGCCCAACUGCGCUGGUUCGAGAAGGCCAUCGACCUCGACAUGGAAGACCUCAUCGAGCGUGCGCGUGAGAAGGGCAUCACGCCGUGGGAGUACUUUGCGCUCGCAGUGAAGGGAGAUGAUCCGAGCGGCAAGGAGGAUGAGGACGACGACAAGGAUGACGAGGACGACGACAAGGAUGACGAGGACGACGGUGGUGAUGAGGACGACGAGGAGGAUGAGGACGACGGUGGUAAUGAGGACGACGACGAGGAGGAUGAUGAGGACGACAGUGGUGAUGAGGAGGGGUCUCAGGCGGAUUACCAAGCUCGCAUGCUCGGUAGGCUCGUCGUAGUCGCUGAUCCCGACUGCAUGUGGGCCGUCAAAGAGCAGGCUGAGAGGAUUGGGAUCUCGGUGUGGCAGUGGGCAGCGAUGUGUCCCAAGCCCGGCGAGCCGACGACCAACUCGAGGACCGCAGAGAUGCUGUAG